UUUGGAGUCUUGCAUUGCAUUGCAUCAUCCAUAGCCCAAAAAACAAAAGCCUUCUCUGCUCUGCAAAGAGUGUGGGUCUGUUCCUCCCCUUUUAUCUGUGCAUCCAUGUCGGCCACACACUUCGUGGCUUUCCAAUAUUUGAACCCCAAAGAUUCGCUUUUCUGAAUUCCGUUUUUUUUUCUUCUCUUCCUUUUCCCGGGUCUUUGUUGCCUCAGAAUUUCCUGCUUCAAUUUUGGAGAUCUUCCUGCAGAGAUUCUUGUGCGGGCAGUUACAGAUUUUUCUCUUUUCUUUUGUUUCUUCUAUCUUCUUGCCCUUUUUAUUAUCUUCCUUUUACCACCCUCAGAGACAAGACAGCGACUCAGACUGUUCCGUUCUGUUCUGUUCUGUUCUUUGUGUUCUGUUCUCUUCUCUUCUGUCCUAGAUCUUGAACUCUCUUCUGCAACAUCUUCGUCUUUCUGCAAUGAUCCACUUUUAAACUUAUCACCCUAUAUCACACCAAAACUUCUUCUUUCAGAUUUCUAAUUCUGUAAAACACACCACUCUUGCCUCCAUGGAAGCCACCCUUUGACCCCUUCAAUUCUCCAUCACAUUAGGUUUUCUUAAUUUAUUGUGUCAAACUUGUGGAGACACACCUAUUUAUUGACAACAAUUUAGAGGGACUUGAAUUGGUCAGUCAGCAAAAUUGGGACUCGGAAUCAGAAACUGUGGGCGACUGGGAUUCUCUUUCUCAGUGGAAAUAAAAUUUUUAACUACCACCACUCUGAGUUUUCUCAGAAUUACUGUGAACAGGAGUGAUCAUAUAUAUGCUUUUUAAGGUGCGCUGAAUUUGGGAAAAUCUACAGUAGCGGUGAGAGUUGAUGAGAGAGAUGAUUACAUUCAUGGACUCAAAGGAGAAAUCGAAGGAGGCGGAGAGGUGUUUGGAUCCUCAGCUAUGGCAUGCGUGUGCGGGUGGCAUGGUGCAGAUGCCAGCAGUGAACAGCAAGGUGUAUUACUUCCCUCAGGGCCAUGCUGAACAUGCAUGCGGAGCGGUUAACUUCAGGACCUGUCCCAAGGUUCCGCCUUUGGUUCCAUGCAGAGUGGCUGCCAUCAAGUACAUGGCUGAUCCUGACACCGACGAGGUGUAUGCAAAACUCAGGCUUGCUCCUCUGACCGUCAAUGAUGCUGAUUACGACCGUGAUGUUGUUGGACCCGAAACUCAGGACAAGCCUGCUUCAUUUGCGAAAACCUUGACCCAAUCCGAUGCCAACAAUGGCGGGGGGUUUUCUGUUCCGAGGUACUGUGCGGAGACGAUUUUCCCGAGACUAGAUUACUCGGCUGAUCCUCCUGUUCAGAACAUCCUCGCCAAGGAUGUUCACGGGGAAACAUGGAAAUUCAGACACAUCUACAGGGGCACGCCCAGGCGGCAUCUGUUGACAACUGGAUGGAGUACUUUUGUGAAUCACAAGAAGCUUGUUGCAGGAGACUCGAUUGUGUUUUUGAGGGCAGAAAACGGGGAUCUCUGUGUCGGGAUUCGGCGAGCCAAGAAGGGGAUUGGUGGGGGACUCGAGGGCUCCUCUGGCUGGAACCCUACAGGAGGAAGCUGUCCUAUGCCCUAUGCUGGAUUUUCACCUUUUCUCAGGGAGGACGACAACAGAAUCCUCAGAAAUGGUAACACCAAUGGGUUGAACCCCAGUGUGAGUAUGACGGGCAGGGGCAAAGUCAGACCAGAAGCUGUUGUUGAAGCUGCAAAUCUCGCCGCCAAUAAACAACCAUUUGAGGUUGUCUACUACCCUCGGGCAAGUACUCCUGAAUUUUGCGUCAAGGCCCCACUGGUAGAAGCAGCACUGCAGAUUCGAUGGUGCUCUGGUAUAAGAUUCAAGAUGGCCUUCGAAACCGAGGACUCCUCACGGAUAAGUUGGUUCAUGGGAACCAUAUCUUCGGUUCAGGUUUCCGAUCCCCUUAACUGGCCUAACUCACCUUGGAGACUUCUCCAGGUGACAUGGGAUGAACCGGAUUUACUUCAAAACGUGAGAAGGGUGAGUCCAUGGCUCGUUGAAUUGGUGUCAAACAUGCCUGCCAUUCAUCUUUCACCAUUCUCACCACCAAGGAAGAAAUUGAGAUUGGCUCAACACCCAGAUUUCCCCCUUGAGGGGCAGAUUCCUCUGCCAACAUUUUCCGGCAAUCUUCUUGGUCCCAGCAACACCAACCAGUUUGGUUGUGCACCCGAAAGUACUCCUGCUGGCAUGCAGGGAGCCAGGCAUGGUCACUAUGGUCUUCCCAUAUCGGAUCUCCAGUUCAGCAAACUACAUCCAGGUCUAUUUCCUGCUGGUUUCCCUCCUCUUGAUCACGCUGCUACGCCGCCAAUGAGAAUCUCUAAUAACCAGCCGCCAUUGCAGAAGCCCAGCAUGAGUGAGAACGUCUCUUGCUUAUUGUCUAUGGCAAAUUCUACUCCAUCUUCCAAGAAAACGGAUGAGGGGAAGACACCCCAGCUCGUGCUUUUCGGCCAGAGAAUUCUCACCGAGCAGCAGAUAUCUCUCAGCAGCUCCGUUGACACAUUCUCCCCAGUUCUUACCAAAAAUUGUUGCUCCGAUGGACACGCAGAUAAAGCGCCUAAUGUUUCUGAUUGUUCUGGAUCGGCUCUUCAUCAGCAGCAAGGCCAACAGGAACAACAACGUUCCUCUUGUGAGAGGUUUCAAUGGUACAAAGAUAACCCUCAAGAAACUGAGACCGGUCAUUGCAAAGUUUUCAUGGAGUCAGAAGAUGUAGGCAGGACUAUGGACCUCUCGUCGCUUCGGUCCUAUGAUGAACUCUACAGAAGGCUAGCAGACAUGUUUGGCAUAGAAAAAUCUGAGAUGUUAAGUCAGGUGCUCUAUCGCGAUUCUAAUGGAGCUGUCAAACACAUUGGUGAUGAACCAUUGAGUGACUUCAAAAAAUCAGCCAGGAGGUUGACUAUUCUAACGGAUUCUGGCAGCAACAAUGUAGGAGUGUAGUGUGGCAAAAUAAACCAUUCUUUCAAUUGUACAGACGGUUCAUCAUCAAGUCCUCUAUUUCCAAUUUUCUGACCCUUUACAUCUUUCCUGCGGCUGCUGCAAUGGAAGGAGCCACUCUCAUCUAAUUUUUUAAUAGCAAACUCUCCAAACCCCCCACAUAAAUGUUUCUCUUUCAUCUCAAAGGAGAUGCUUGGAUUUUGAGUUUUUGGAAUUUUGAUUGCAAUGAUCACACCUCGUGUUGCACCUCUUCUUUUUGUUUCACUUUAUAUUUCCCUCACUUCUCUUCAAAUUUUGGUGGUGGAAAAGGGUGGAAUGACAGUGAGAGAAGAUAAGUUAGAGAUCAUAUUAAUAUAUUGGUUUGUUUUGGUUUGGCUUGUUUUGUAUGCAGUAAAAACCAGUAUUCAAGUGAAAA